AUGGCUCUGAUCCUCCACGCCACCCAGGCAAACAAAAAUGUUUACAAGACUCUGAUUGCUGCUGAGUAUGUUGGUGUCAAAGUUGAAUUGGCACCAGAUUUUCAGAUGGGUGUCUCUAAUAAAACCCCUCACUUUCUCAAGUUGAACCCUAUUGGAAAGAUUCCGGUCUUGGAAACCCCUGAAGGUGCCGUCUUUGAGAGCAAUGCAAUUGCGCGUCAUGUUGCUCGAUUGGGUGAAAACAAUUUGUUUGGAUCUUCUCCCAUUGAUCAGGCUCAUGUGGAUCAGUGGAUUGAUUUUUCUUCUUUGGAGAUUGAUGCCAAUCUUUUGAAGUUGUUCAUUCCAAGACUUGGGCAUGCCCCCCACAUUCCUAUCGUGGAGGAGUCUGCAUUUUCUUCAUUGAAGAGAGCAUUUGAGGCUCUUAACACUCACCUUGCCCACAAUACCUACCUGGUUGGGGAUUCUGUUACCCUUGCUGAUAUUAUAACAACAUCCAACUUGUGGCUUGGUUUCUCCAAACUCUUGGUCAAGAGCUUCACCUCAGAGUUUCCUCAUGUUGAGAGAUACUUCUGGACCUUGGUCAACCAGCCAAACUUCCGAAAGAUAAUAGGCCAGGUUAAGCAGACCGAAGCUUUGCCACCUAUUCCAUCUGCUCAGAAGCCUAAGGAAUCUAAGCCCAAAACUAAAGAUGAACCCAAGAAAGUGGCUAAACCAGAGCCUGCAAAGCCCAAAGUAGAAGAAGCUGAAGAGGAGGCACCCAAGCCUAAAGCCAAGAAUCCUCUUGAUCUUCUUCCCCCAAGCAAGAUGAUAUUGGAUGAGUGGAAAAGACUUUACUCUAACACUAAGACCAACUUCCGUGAGGUUGCAAUCAAAGGAUUCUGGGACAUGUAUGAUCCAGAGGGAUAUUCUCUAUGGUUCUGUGAUUACAAAUACCAAGAUGAGAAUACUGUUUCUUUCGUCACACUGAACAAGGUUGGUGGAUUUCUUCAGAGGAUGGAUCUGGCUCGCAAGUAUGCAUUUGGAAAGAUGCUUGUGAUUGGAUCAGCGGCUCCAUUUAAGGUGAAGGGAUUGUGGCUUUUCCGUGGACAGGAGAUUCCACAGUUUGUCAUUGAUGAAUGCUAUGACAUGGAGCUCUAUGAGUGGACCAAGGUUGACAUCUCCGACGAAGCUCAGAAAGAGCGUGUUAGUCAGAUGAUUGAAGAUUUUGAGCCAUUUGAGGGAGAGGCUCUUUUGGAUGCCAAGUGCUUUAAGUGA